AUGCAAUUCAUCAACCACAGCCAUCAAAACCCAACCUCUUUUGUGCUCAUAGGAAUUCCUGGUCUGGAGGCAUCCCAAUUUUGGAUCGCAUUUCCCUUCUGUUCUAUAUAUGCCUUAGCAGUGCUGGGCAACAUGGUGGUGCUGCUAGUGAUACGUUCAGAGCCUGCACUGCAUCAGCCCAUGUACUUUUUCCUGUGCAUGCUGUCCAUGAUUGACCUGGUGAUCUGCACCUCCACAGUGCCCAAGCUCCUUGCAGUCUUCUGGGCAAAUGCUGCUGAGAUCGCCUUUGAGGCCUGUGCUACCCAGAUGUUCUUCAUCCAUGGCUUCUCAGCUGUAGAAUCUGGUAUCCUGCUAGCAAUGGCCAUCGAUCGCUACUUGGCCAUCUGCCGGCCACUGCACUAUGGGUCUUUACUGCCCCCAGAGGCUGUGGGAAAGUUGGGGGUUGCAGCUGUGUUUCGAGGCUUGGGACUUAUGACCCCACUCACCUGCCUACUGGCGAAGCUGAGCUAUUGCAGUCGAGUGGUGGCCCACUCCUACUGUGAGCAUAUGGCUGUGGUGAAGCUGGCUUGUGGGGGCACACGGCCCAACAACAUCUACGGCAUCACUGCAGCCACACUGGUGGUAGGCACUGACUCCAUUUGCAUUGCAGUCUCCUAUGCACUCAUCCUCCGGGCCGUGUUAGGCCUCUCCUCAAAGGAAGCGAGGGCUAAGACCUUUGGUACUUGUGGCUCCCACCUGGGUGUCAUUCUUCUCUUCUAUACCCCAGGACUCUUCUCGUUCUACACACAGCGUUUCGGUCAGCACGUGCCUCGGCAUGUCCACAUCCUCCUGGCUGACCUGUACCUGGUGGUUCCACCUAUGCUUAACCCCAUCAUCUAUGGCAUGAAAACCAAGCAAAUCCGGGAUGGGGCCUUCCGACUGCUGAAGCGGGGCGUGGCUCAGUCAUAA